GCGGAACGGCCGGAGCGUUUGGCCUCAGUCAGUCGUUGGGCUCCGUUUCGGUUUCACUUCCGGUGAGGGGCAGCCUCCGACUGGCCGUAAGCCGACGGUGAGAGCAGGCGGCAGCGGUGACGGCGGCGCCUCUGCCGGGGGGCGUGCGGUAGCGCGGCGGCGGCGGCGGCGGCGGCGGUUGGGCCUUUAGCGCCCACAGACCACCUCUCCAGGACGGACUCCAGGUGCCAGCAGGGCCGUCGAGAAGAUGGAGGAGCUGGUGGUAGAAGUGCGGGGCUCCAAUGGCGCUUUCUACAAGGCCUUUGUAAAGGACGUUCAUGAAGAUUCAAUAACAGUUGCAUUUGAAAACAACUGGCAGCCAGAGAGGCAGAUUCCAUUCCAUGAUGUGAGAUUCCCACCACCUGUAGGUUAUAAUAAAGAUAUAAAUGAAAGUGAUGAAGUUGAGGUUUAUUCCAGAGCAAAUGAAAAAGAACCUUGCUGUUGGUGGUUAGCUAAAGUGAGGAUGAUAAAGGGUGAGUUUUAUGUGAUAGAAUAUGCAGCAUGUGAUGCUACAUACAAUGAAAUUGUCACAAUUGAACGUCUACGAUCAGUUAAUCCCAACAAACCUGCCACAAAAGAUACCUUCCAUAAAAUCAAACUGGAUGUGCCAGAAGACUUACGACAAAUGUGUGCCAAAGAAUCGGCACAUAAGGACUUUAAAAAGGCAGUUGGUGCCUUUUCUGUAACUUAUGAUCCAGAAACUUAUCAGCUUGUCAUUUUGUCUAUCAAUGAAGUCACCGCAAAACGAGCCCACAUGCUGAUUGACAUGCACUUUCGGAGUCUGCGCACUAAGCUGUCUCUCAUACUGAGAAAUGAAGAAGCCAGUAAACAGCUAGAGAGUUCAAGGCAGCUUGCCUCAAGAUUUCAUGAACAGUUUAUUGUACGAGAAGAUCUGAUGGGUCUAGCUAUUGGUACUCAUGGUGCUAAUAUUCAGCAAGCUAGAAAAGUACCUGGGGUCACUGCUAUCGAUCUAGAUGAAGAUACCUGCACAUUUCAUAUUUAUGGAGAGGAUCAGGAUGCAGUUAAAAAGGCUAGAAGCUUUCUUGAAUUUGCUGAAGAUGUCAUACAAGUUCCAAGGAACUUAGUGGGCAAAGUAAUAGGAAAAAAUGGAAAACUGAUUCAGGAGAUUGUGGACAAGUCAGGAGUUGUGAGGGUGAGAAUUGAGGCCGAAAAUGAGAAAAAUGUUCCACAAGAAGAGGAAAUUAUGCCACCAAAUUCCCUGCCUUCCACUAGUAACUCAAGGGUUGGACCUAUUCCCUCGGAAGAAAAAAAACAUAUAGAUAUAAAGGAAAGCAGCGCUCAUUUUUCUCAACCUAACAGUACAAAAGUACAGAGGGUGUUAGUGAUUUCAUCAAUUGUAGCAGGGGAAUCCCAGAAACCUGAACUCAAGGCUUGGCAGGGUAUGGUACCAUUUGUUUUUGUGGGAACAAAGGACAGCAUCGCUAAUGCCACUGUUCUUUUGGAUUAUCACCUGAACUAUUUAAAGGAAGUAGACCAGUUGCGUUUGGAGAGAUUACAAAUUGAUGAGCAGUUGCGACAGAUUGGAGCUAGUUCUAGACCACCACCAAAUCGUACAGAUAAGGAAAAAGGCUAUGUGACUGAUGAUGGUCAAGGAAUGGGUCGAGGUAGUAGACCUUACAGAAAUAGGGGGCACGGCAGACGCGGUCCUGGAUAUACUUCAGGAACUAAUUCUGAAGCAUCAAAUGCUUCUGAAACAGAAUCUGACCACAGAGACGAACUCAGUGAUUGGUCAUUAGCUCCAACAGAGGAAGAGAGGGAGAACUUCCUGCGCAGAGGAGAGGGACGACGACGUGGCGGUGGAGGAAGAGGACAGGGAGGAAGAGGACGCGGAGGCGGCUUCAAAGGAAACGACGAUCACUCCCGAACAGAUAAUCGUCCUCGUAAUCCGAGAGAGGCUAAAGGGAGAACUGCAGAUGGAUCCCUCCAGAUCAGAGUUGACUGCAAUAAUGAAAGGAGUGUCCACACUAAAACAUUACAGAAUACCUCCAGUGAAGGUAAUCGGCUGCGCACGGGUAAAGAUCGUAACCAGAAGAAGGAAAAGCCAGACAACGUGGAUGGUCAGCAACCACUUGUGAAUGGAGUACCCUAAACUGCGUAAUUCUGAAGUUAUAUUUCCAUUACCAUUUCCAUAAUUCUUAUUCCAUAUUAGAAAACUUUGUUAGGCCAAAGACAAAAGGUAGGCAAGAUGGCACAGGGCAUGAAAUGAACACAAAUUCUGUUUAAGAAUUUUAUUUUUCUGGUAUUGGCCAUAAGCAACAAUUCUCAGAUUUGCACAAAAAUGAUAUCUUGAUCUUGAAAUUUUCAAGCACUGCUUUUAAGUAUACUUAGCACUUCAGGACAGGAUUUUAGUUUGGUUUAUUUUUUAAAGUACUGAAAAGUGAUAUUCUUUGUUAAUUUGGAUCAUUUUCCUACAUAGGUGAUAACACUGGUACAUUUCAGUUUUUCUGAAUAAAUAGCACUUAUGGUAAUCAUAUUAGACUUCUGUUUUCAGUCUCGUAUAGAAGUCAAUGAAAUAAUAUGUCAUUUCAUGUCCUGUGUCAAUUUAUGUGUUGGUCCACUAUUUCAGUAUUUUAGUGGACCCUGAGAUGUGUGUGAUGUGACGUUUGUCAUUUCAUUAGCAAAAAAAAAAAAAAAAAAAGUUGUAUGAUCUGUGCCUUUUCUAUAUCUUGGCAGGUAGGAAUAUUAUAUUUGGAUGCAGAGUUCAGGGAAGAUAAGUUGGAACACUAAAUAUUAAAGAUGUUGCAAACCCUGUCAAACAUUAGUACUUUAUAGAAGAAUGCAUGCUUUCCACUUUUGUUCCUUGCAUAAACAUCAGGUUAGGCAGUAUAAAGAAUAGGAUUGUUUUUGUUUAUGUUUUGUUGCACUGAAGUUUGACAAAUAGUGUUAUUGAGAGGGUUGUGUAAUUUUUUUCUGAAUACACAGGAGAAGAAGUAACUGUCUUUUCAUUUGAGAGAGGCUAAAAUGUUUUCAGCUAGGAGUAAAUCUUUUUGGUUGAAAGUUAGUAGAAUAUGCCUGCUCUUUGGCCUGAUGACCAGUUUUAACUUAGAGCCUUUUUUAUUUUGUUCUCCCCUUGUUUUGUGAAGAUUUUCAUAUUUUAAUUUCAGGCUUAAUUUGGGGAGAUAGGAGGGUCAUUUCUGUGUGUGCAUAAUAAACCUGUGAAGUACAGGUACUUUGUCUAAAAAAUAUUGGAAGCAGGUUAAAUGUUUUGUAAACUUUGAAAUAUUAGGUCUAAUGCAUAAGCAGAAUUGGAAAGCAGACUAAGAUUGAUUAACAAAAAAAUUUUUUCUUUUUUUUUCUUUUUAUUAAGCAGAAUUGGAAAGCAGACUAAGAUUGGUUAACAAAAACUGUUUUGUUUUUUUUUUAGUUUCUUUUUCUUGUUUGAUGUGUUGGGUUUGGUUUUGUUUUUGAGUCUUUUUUUUUUUUUAAAUGGGUGAAACUUAGUGAGGCAAAUUAUGUGAAGGACCUUCACUCUAAGAUGUUAUAUUUUUCUUAAAAAAUAACUCCAAGCCGGGGUACCACUGAAUCUGUAUAGAGCCGUACAAACAGAAGUUCUGCCUCUGAUGUAUUUUGUGAGUUUGUUUCUUUGAAUUUUCAUUUUACAGUUACUUUUCCUUGCAUACAAAUAAACAUAAAAUGGCAACAAACUGCACAUGAUUUCAAGAAUAUUAAAAAGUCUCUUAAAAAUAUUGCCAAAAUUAAUGUUGAUUUCUAGUUAUUUAUUCUUGGAAUGUAUAGUAUUUGAAAACAGAAAUUGGUACCUUGCACACAUCAUCUGUAAGCUGUUUGGUUUAAAAUACUGUAGAUAAUUAACCAAGGUAGAAUGACCUUGUAAUGUAACUGCUCUUGGGCAAUAUUCUCUGUACAUAUUAGCGACAACAGAUUGGAUUUUAUGUUGACAUUUGUUUGGUUAUAGUGCAAUAUAUUUUGUAUGCAAGCAGUUUCAAUAAAGUUUGAUCUUCCUCUGCAAAAUUGAUGUUGAUGCAAUCCUUACAAAUGAUUGCUUUUAAAAUUUUAAGAUAGAAAAAGAAAUCUAUAGAAAGUGUUCUGUUAUAAAAUGUAACUGUUACCAUUGGAAAUUCACGUCAUAGAAAGUUAGCCGUUAUCUACCAACUUUCAAUAACUUGAUCAUAUUUAAUAAGGUGAAAAAAAUCAACAAAAUGGUACAGAAGCACAUUGUGCCAUUACGAUAUGCACUAAGUCUCUUUUUUUACAAAGGCUGAAUUCAGCAGGGCGCUAACUUGCUUAAAUGUGAAUUACUAACUUCUAAAACUGUAAUUUGAUUCACAUGUUUUCAAAUAGAGUUGGAGUUGAUUCAUAUUACAAUAUUUGUGUGCUAAAUGUGUAUGUUUUUCAGUUAAAAGUUAUGAUGUUUUUAAAAUCUUAUUAAAGUUUCAAAAAAUCUGAA